UCGAAGGGGUAGAAGCUGAGACCUGCGCCUUGGCGGGAGCAGUCCGCUGGGUCGGCGGCUUCUCCGCCUUAAGCGUUCAGGAACUAGAGAUGCUAUUAGGCUGUUGUUUUAUCCAAUGUGAGAAGUUGGCCCGGAGAUGGAAAACUUCAUUCUGUAUGAGGAGAUUGGCAGAGGAAGCAAGACUGUUGUUUAUAAAGGGCGACGGAAGGGAACAAUCAAUUUUGUAGCUAUUCUUUGUAGUGAUAAGUGCAAAAGGCCUGAAAUAACCAACUGGGUCCGUCUCACCCAUGAAAUUAAACACAAGAAUAUCGUAACUUUUCAUGAAUGGUAUGAAACCAGCAAUCAUCUCUGGCUCGUGGUGGAACUCUGCACAGGUGGUUCCCUAGAAAUGGUGAUUGCUCAAGAUGAAAACCUCCCAGAAGAUGUUGUGAGAGAAUUUGGGGUUGACCUCAUUGCUGGAUUACAUCAUCUUCAUCAACUUGGCAUUCUCUUUUGUGACAUUUCUCCGGGCAAGAUACUCUUGGAAGGGCCUGGCACAUUGAAGUUCAGUAACUUUGGCUUGGCCAAAGUGGAAGGUGAAAAUUUGGAAGAGUUCUUUGCUUUGGUGGCAGCAGAAGAAGGAGGAGGUGAUAGUGGGGAAAAUGCACUGAAGAAAACCUUCAAAGGUAGAGUCAAAGGAUCUCUUACAUAUAAAGCACCUGAAAUUUUAAGGGGUACUGACUUCUCCAUCACCAGUGACCUCUGGUCUUUGGGCUGUCUGCUUUAUGAAAUGUUUUCAGGAAGACCUCCAUUCUUCUCAGAAAGUUUUCCAGAAUUAAUUGAAAAGAUUUUUUAUGCAGAUCCUUUGCCACCUGUUCCAAAAGAUUCUUCUCUUCCUAAAGCUUCUUCAGAUUUUAUUAAUUUGCUUGAUGGUUUACUUCAAAAAGAUCCUCAGAAAAGAUUAACUUGGGCAGGCCUAUUGCAGCAUUCAUUUUGGAAGGAUGCUUUCGCUAGGAGAGAUCAUGAAUCGAGCACUGAGGAUUCCAUCGUCAGCGGAAAAAUGAUGGAGCAUUCUGGGACCCAGGAUUCCAAGGAGGUUUUGAAGCCAAGUGGACAAGCCAAGGGGGACAAGAGUGGUCAGCGACUGAGUCACUCUUUCAGACUAGAAAAUCCAGCUGAGUUGCGGCCUAAAAGUACCGUUGGGGGUCAACCGAACGAGUCCAUGUUUCUUCUGAGUUCUCGCCCGACUCCGAGAACUAGCAGUGCGGUCGGACUAAGUCCUGGUGAGGAUAGGACUCAACAUUCACCACAGAAGGCUUCUCCUUUGACCAAGAUUGCAAGUGAACACCUGAGUCAGCAGGACCUGGAAUCCCAGAUGAGAGAGCUUAUCUACACAGACUCUGAUCUUGUCAUCACCCCAAUUAUCGACAACCCAAAGAUAAUGAAACAACCACCAAUUAAAUUUGAUCCAAAGAUACUGCAUCUACCAGCAUAUUCAGUGGAUAAAUUAGCAUUUCUAAAAGACCAAGAUUGGAACGACUUUUUGCAGCAGGUGUGCUCACAGAUCGACUCCACUGAGAAGAGCACGGGGGCCUCGCGAGCCAAGCUGAACCUCCUUUGCUAUUUGUGUGUCGUGACUGGACACCGGGAGGUGGCCACGCGCCUCCUCCAUUCACCUCUGUUCCACUUACUAAUCCAGCAUUUGCGAAUUGCUCCAAACUGGGAUAUACGGGCCAAGGUUGCUCGGGUGAUUGGUUUACUGGCCUCACACACAACUGAGCUCCAGGAAAAUACACCUGUUACUGAGGCAAUUACUGUCUUAACUGAGUUAAUUAGGGAAAACUUCAGAAAUAGCAAAUUAAAACAGUGCCUCUUACCAACCCUUGGGGAGCUGAUCUACCUUGUAGCCACCCAGGAAGAAAAAAAAAAGAACCCUAGAGAAUGCUGGGCCGUUCCCUUGGCUUCGUACACAGUGCUAAUGAGGUGCCUUCGGGAAGGGGAAGAACGUGUUGUGAACCACAUGGCAGCAAAGAUUAUUGAAAAUGUCUGCACUACCUUUUCUGCUCAGGCCCAGGGCUUUAUUACAGGAGAAAUUGGACCUGCUUUAUGGUUCUUAUUCAGACAUUCCACCGUUGAUUCUCUCAGGAUAACAGCAAUAUCGGCCUUGUGUAGAAUCACUCGCCAUUCUCCCACUGCCUUCCAGAGUGUUAUUGAGAAGGUGGGACUGAACGCAGUAAUAAACUCCCUGGCCUCAGCCAUCUGCAAAGUUCAGCAGUACAUGUUGACCUUAUUCACUUCAAUGUUGUCUUGUGGGAUUCAUCUUCAGAGGUUAAUCCAAGAAAAGGAUUUUGUUUCUACAGUUAUCCGUUUACUUGACAGCCCAUCAACUUCGAUUAGAGCAAAAGCCUUCCUCGUUCUUUUAUAUAUUUUGAUUCAUAACCAUGAGAUGCUGCUGCUCGGCUGCCAAGCAAGACUGGUGAUGUACAUCGAGAGAGACAGCAGAAAGACCACUCCAGGCAAGGACCUGCCAAGCAGCAAUGAACACCUGUCCAAGUGCCUGGACCUUCUCAUCCGUCACAUUGUGCACGAGCUGCCGCGGAUCCUGGGUGACAUUCUUAACGCCUUGGCCAAUGUUUCUGGUCGUAAACACCCAUCAACAGUCCAAGCGAGACAGCUGAAGAUGUGUCUCCCCCUGAUGCCUAUAGUGCUUCACCUCGUAACUUCUCAGGUGUUUCGACCUCAAGUUGUAACAGAAGAGUUCCUUUUCAGUUAUGGAACGAUUCUUAGUCAUAUUAAGUCUAUAGACUCAGGAGAAACUAACCUAGAUGGAGCCGUGGGACUGAUGGCAUCGGAAGAAUUUAUCAAGAUCACGUUGUCGGCUUUUGAAGCAAUAAUACAAUAUCCUGUUUUGUUGAAAGACUAUCGCUCUACGGUUGUUGAUUAUAUCCUGCCACCCUUGGUCUCCUUGGUUCAGAGCCAAAAUGUGGAGUGGCGACUCUUCAGCUUGCGGUUGCUCUCAGAAACCACAUCCCUACUCGUGAACCAGGAGGUCGGGGAUGGCAAGAAGGAGGCGAAUGUUGACUCUGACAGCAGUCUGCUGGCUCUCAUUAGAGAUGUCUUACUUCCCCAGUACGAGCACAUCCUCGCGGAGCCUGACCCAGUACCAGCUUAUGCUCUGAAACUGCUCGUGGCCCUGACUGAACACAACACAACCUUCACCAGACUUGUGGAAGAGAGCAAACUGAUCCCACUCAUUUUUGAAGUCAUUCUGGAACAUCAGGAGAACAUUCUGGGUCACACCAUGCAAAGUGUGAUUGCGUUGCUCAACAAUCUGGUGGCCUGCAAAGAUUCCAAUAUGAAGCUACUUUAUGAACAAGGACUGGUCCGUCAUGUCUGUGACCUGUUCACUGAAACUGCCACGCUGUGCUUGGAUGUGGACAACAAGAACCACAGUGAGACGGCCGCCACCCUGCUCUUCUCCCUGCUCGAUAUUCUGCACGGCAUGCUGACCUAUACGGCCUGUGUCGUACGGCUGGCUCUGCAGGCACAGAAGUCUGGCUCAGGAGGGGACACCCAAGCCGCAGAGGACCUGCUUCUGCUGAGCAAACCGCUGACAGACCUCAUCAGCCUGCUCAUUCCGCUGCUUCCAAGCGAGGAUCCUGAAAUUUUUGAAGUUUCAUCCAAGUGUCUGUCUAUGCUGGUUCAGCUGUAUGGAGGGGAAAACCCAGACAGCCUGUGUCCUGAAAAUGCAGAGAACUUUGCUGAUGUACUGACGUCUAAGGAGGACCCAAAAGAGCGGAAGCUUCUGUUGAAGAUUCUCCGAAGAAUGGUCACAUCCAAUGAGAAGCAUCUGGAGAAUCUCAAGGAUGCAGGCAGCCUCCUGCGGGCUCUGGAGGGGCUGGCCGCCGCUGGCGGUUCGUCUGACAGUGUGGUGGCUUCGUUGGCCCUGGAAAUCCUCCAGCUGUUGGACACCAGGUGAGAAGGCACUUAGCACCAGCCCUCGGCUACACACGCUGGCCACACCGCCACCCGUGGCUCUCUUUGGACCUAAUAAAGUCAGCCGAACCCAGACCCUUGAGGCCGAGGUGUUCUCAUGGACUCUGGGCCCUCGGACACCCUCUCAGAA